AUGGGAACGGCUGCACUCCUCUUCUUUGGACUCGUGUUCAUCUGCUGCCAGUUCACAGAGAUAUCUUCAGCUGAAGAGGACUCUGUGGUGGAGUCAGAGUGUCGGGACCGGUACUUCUGGAUCCACGUUCGCUCGGCCCAGACGCCUCGCUUCCAGGUCAAAGAUGGAAGUGGCGUCCACGUUCUCAUUGAGCCGCUGGCGUCGCGCUGCGGUUACACAAUCAGCACCUUCAGGAUGGAUGGCUUCACCACCUUCAGGGCUUCCUACUACUCCUGCUUCACCCAGAACCAGAACGACGAGAUGUUCACCUUCAGCUUCAACGUGUCUGUGAGCAACGCUGGGGGAACGUGGACUAGCCGGCCGGUCUCUGCCGUUUGUUCUGGUCUGACCUGGACUCACAGAGAGGUCAUCUGCGAGGAGGACUAUAUGGAGGUGAACGUGGACAGAGAGUCGUCGUGUGGAGGUCAGCGGGGGGACAGUGGAGAGAUGUGGCACUCAGCCUUUUCUCAGGCGCAGAGGAUGGCGAGUUCUGUGUGGCAGCUGAUGUUCCUGCAGAGUGAUGGACGGGUGUCUUCCAUGUCCAUCAGUGAAGCCCAGCGAGGGGGCUACAGCCUGACGGUGGGCGCCCAGAGGGUGGCGCUCCGCUCGCGGUACAAACAGCCGCAUGCCGAGCUGAGAACGGUGGAAGGCGUCCCCGUGGAGGUCGUCCGGGUUUCUCUGUUCUUUAAAAAGAAGCUGACGUUGAUGAUGAUCGACGUGUCCAUGGCCUGCACAGUCAAUUCGGGUUCUUAUGAUGGCGCCCGGCUGCUGUGGGACAUCCCGCGGGUCGUGACCCCGCUGGUCGACGAGGGAGCACUGUUUGAAAGCCGAACCCUCGGCCUGGGGCUGGAGGGCGUUCUUCUGGACGAACACACCAUUGUAACCAGAGGAUUCAGCAUGGUUCAACGAGGCCCAUUGGUCCAGAUCGGAGUUCCUUUCGGGGCGGAGGGCGGCUACAGGAAGAGUUCGGUGGUGAACAACGUGUACAAGGAGACGUAUGUGAUCUUCAUGCUUUACGAACAUGUUUUCUCUUUGCUGUAUGAAGACGGAAGUAGCAUUGACACGAGACACCGAAUGCUCAGAGUCCUCGACACGCCACUGCUCUGCCGUCCACCCUUCCACUUGGACAAGACUGUAAGCGAUGACCGCAUGUUCAGAGUCUACCUGGGGAACAUCCCAGCUGAUGUGACGUUGGAGGACGUCCAUAUCAACGGUAACCAGAUGAUGAUGUCACAGAGCACCAAGGGGGGGUUCAGCAUCAGUCCCGUCCUUCACGCCAACGGCAGCCGGGCCUACGAACUUCAGAUGCCCUUUGAGAACGGGGUUGUCCGCUGGACGUACGUGGGCCAAGGUGUGGUGCAGUACUCUAUCGAUGUAAACUACACACUUACCAUCAUGUCUCAGAAAGACUCGUACUACCACCUCACGUCCAUUAAGGCACAAGCAGUAAACAUGUUUCCACCAGAGAUCACGGCUCAGUGUUCAGACGGAGGAAUCACCUUUACCGUGGUCAUACCGUCUCACGCGGAGAGUAUCUGGGAGGUGGGCGUCGGCCACGAGCCUCUGACAUCACAACUGGCCAUCCAAAGAGGGUACCGCCUUCACAGCGAGGCGUUCAAGACCACGCUGGAAAUCCCGGUGUUCUCUGUAGGAUACGCCUAUGACGAUGUCACACUGUCUAACUUUUACGGGACAUUUCGGCUUCUUCUGAGAGACUCAAAAACGUUGGAAGUCCAGACAUCCACCUCCAAACGCUGCCUCUUCAAGACCAAGGACAUGAUAGUUUGCUCAGCAGACGGGACCAUGGCGGUGGUGACAACGCCCACCUCCACCUGGCCCUCCGUGCACCCGGACACCACCACGCUGCUGGACCCCAGCUGCAAGCCUAAAGAGACUGACGCAGCCAGAGUCCUGUUUGUCUUCAAGUUGGACUCCUGCGGGACUAGAGCUCUGGCCGCGGAGUCCUACAUGGUUUAUGAGAACGAGAUCGUCCACGACAGACAGCUGAUCUCAGACGGACCGAACCUGAUCUCCAGGGAGUCUCAGUUCAAGUUGACGGUGCGGUGCUUCUAUCCGCUUGGCUCGGUAAACAGACUGUCGGUCAACCGAUCCUUCAGAUCGGAGAUGCAGGGAUUUGGUUCAAUCAAAGUCUUCAAGAGCCUAACAGGUUCCAAUCAAGUCCCCGCCGAAGACUGUUCACGUCAGGUUUCUGGGAACGUCCCAACUAACAAGGUCCACCAAGCAGAGGGGGUCCUGCCUCUUCCCAGCAACUUGCCUAGGCCCAAGCCUGGACCCAGCCACUUCAUCAUGGUACCAGGAGGACCCAACAAGCUGCUCUCUGUCUCCCAAAAGCUCCCAAACCCUCAUCUUUCUCCUCCUGAAACCAUCAGUACCCAGAACCAACAAGUAUUUGGGUUUUCAGACCUUCCCCCACACGGUCCCCCCCAAUACGAGCUGUCCAAGCCUCUCCCCCCCAGCUACAACCCAGACCCCAGUGCCCAGCUGUCCAAGCCCCGCCACCCCAGCUCCAAUUUUGUACAAGCAAGACAUGAAAAUUCUGGGCCUACUAAUAAAAACCUGGCUUUUGGCUUGAGUUCUUCCAGGAUCCCUGAUUCUCCAGUUGGGGGAGAGUUGGACGCUGGUCAGGGAAGAUCUGGUCCCACUGGGACACCCCAGGAUGCAAAGUCUUUGGGUAUGGGUUGGCACUCUGGCCUAUCAGGGGACAAGCUUAUUCGGGUCCCCGGCGGUAUAAUUGAGCCACAUGAAGACCAGCAGAGUCUAAAGCUUACUCCUGGCGUGCAGGACUGGAUCCGGCAACAUAAGAACCCACUGGAGCAGAGUCUCUCAGCUGCAGGACAGGAAGUGUCAAACGCUAAAGAGAAAGCUGUAAACCAGCCUCAAAGUCAGAACCAUUGGUUUCAAACCUCUCAACUUCAUCCAGCUCCGUUCAGCACCAAACUACCCAACGUUGACACCAAGCACCCCGGCGCUGCCAACGUACCGGCAUCUGAAACGACAUCUGCUGCAACUGGCCGGGUCGACCCGAACCUGGAAGGACCAGGAACCGUUGAACGGAGGGAGACGGAUCGGUCACGAGUGCAGACCAUCAGAGUCAAACCUCCGAGCAGUUUUUUCCCUUCUGGACUUCAGGUCAACCAACAAGAAGUGGGUCAUCUGUACCCCAACCAGGAGAAACGGGUCCAGUCUAUACCUGAAAUGGGAAACUGGAGAGGACAGGAAUCUUCUCAAAGAAAAGUCCCUCAGACCGGUAGUGACGAGAAUCUGAUAAUUAUAUUUAUAUCUUGA